CCCACUUCUGCUUUCAGUUAGCAUUAACGCACAGAGCUCUCCUCUGCUCUCCCUUUUUCCGACCAUCCUCUUCCCUCACAUUUCCGGCCAAUCUCGCCGGAUCUGGACUAACCAUCGGCGACCUACCAUCCACUGCCGCCUCCACUUUGCACUCCUGUCAAAACUUGUUCACAAUUUUCAUGAUUUUGGAGGUGAAUGAGAGUGUAAACAAGGGACAUUGUAGGGUACUCUGUUUUGAGGUUUAUCAGGUUUAGAGUACACGAUUGAUUGAAUCGAGGGAAUUGGCGUUUACAGGACCGAGGAGGGUGCGAGAAUCGUGUGGGCUAGCGGGGAGAGAAAUAAAAUAUUUAUUUGUUUAUUGUUUGUAAUUUUUUGUGGGUGUAGGUGGAUGAUAAUAAUAAUGGUGAAUGUUGAUAUCGGCGUUGAGGGUUGUAGUGUAGUGAUGGGGUGACGAGUGAGGAUGUGCAGAGUGGAGGAGCUGGAGUGGGAAAUGGGGGCCAAAAGUAGAAUAGAGAAGCUGAAGAAUGUGAUGGUGUGUAGGUCGAGAAUGAAGGUGUGGAUGAUGAGGGGGAUGACCAGUGUGUUGGUCUGGACUUGUGUUGUGCAGUUGAUGGCAUUGGAGGAGACUUGGGGACCCAGGUUGUUGAAGGGCUGGCCUUCCUGUUUCUCUCACUCCGAUUUGUCUUCGUCUCUGCAAUUGCCUCCGGCUCCGCCCAAGCUUGUUCUUCCACCAAAAAGGGUUUAUAAGAAUAAUGGCUAUCUUAUGAUUUCUUGCAAUGGCGGUCUUAACCAAAUGCGAGCAGCAAUCUGUGAUAUGGUUGCUAUUGCCAGAUUUUUGAAUGUCACUCUAAUUGUUCCAGAGUUGGAUAAAGCCUCCUUUUGGGCUGAUCCAAGUGAGUUCCAAGACAUUUUUGACAUUGAUCACUUCAUCGCAUCAUUGAGAGACGAAGUUCGGAUAUUGAAAGAGCUACCACCCAGGCUGAAGACAAGAGUUGAGUUGGGAAUGUUUUAUUCAUUGCCACCUGUUAGUUGGUCUAACAUUUCCUACUACCUGCAUCAGAUUCUUCCUCUGGUGCAAAAGCACAAAGUUGUACAUUUGAAUAAAACCGAUGCUCGUCUUGCUAAUAAUGGGCUGCCAUUAGAGAUUCAGAAGUUGCGUUGCCGAGUAAAUUUUAAUGCUCUGAGAUUCACUUCCCAGAUAGAGGAAUUGGGCAGAAGGGUUGUCAGGAUUCUGAGGGAAAAGGGCCCUUUCCUGGUUCUUCAUCUCAGAUAUGAAAUGGACAUGUUGGCUUUCUCUGGCUGUACUCAUGGUUGCAAUGAUAAGGAGGCAGAAGAAUUAACAAGAAUGAGAUAUGCUUACCCCUGGUGGAAGGAAAAAAUAAUAGAUUCCAAAGUGAAAAGAAGAGAAGGCCUGUGCCCUUUGACACCUGAGGAAACUGGUCUAAUAUUGAGUGCACUGGGUAUAGAUCGUAAUGUUCAAAUUUAUAUUGCUGCUGGACAAAUAUAUGGUGGAGAAAGAAGAAUGGCAACUUUGGCAGCAGCUUUUCCUAAUUUGGUUCGAAAGGAGACACUUUUGGAACCCUCAGACUUGAGGUUUUUCCAGAACCACACAUCCCAGAUGGCAGCAUUGGAUUAUCUUGUCUCCCUGGAGAGUGAUAUUUUUGUUCCAACGUACGAUGGAAACAUGGCUAAAGUUGUUGAAGGCCACCGCAGAUUCUUAGGCUUCAAGAAGACCAUCCAAUUGGACAGAAGGCUUCUCGUCAAUUUAGUAGAUGAAUACAAGAAUGGGUCAUUGAGCUGGGAUGAGUUCUCCUCUACUGUUAAGGAAGCUCAUGCAUACCGCGUGGGGAGCCCCAGCAGACGGGUUGUGAUCCCAGAUAGACCAAAGGAAGAAGAUUAUUUCUAUUCCAAUCCGCACGAGUGUUUGCAACUGUUAGAUGAACCAUUAUGAAGUACAUGAUUCCUAUUGCUCCAAAGUGAUGGCUUUCCUCAGUAUAUUUGCUUCUUUUAUGUAUUUUUCCAAGUUCAUUUCUUUGUUUUGUUGUUUUUUUUUUUUUUUUUUUGCCCACUAGGGUUUAGAAAAUGGGCAGGGAAUAUGUUCCCUAGGUAAAAUUGGGUUGGGACACGUGGGAUCUAUGCUCCCGGGAUGUUCUUCACAUGAUCAGAAGCAUGUGAAUGAUGAUGCACAAUAUUUCACAUUUUCAAAUAAUGAGGAUCAUGUAUAGAGAGAAAGAAAGAUCAGAAGGAUGCAAAUAGAUAUUGUUCCCAGUCGGAGGUUUUUUUCGUCAA